GAAACCGACUGAUGGCUGUGGCCUCAAAUUUUUGUCGUCUCUGCUACAAGUAACAGCUCUAUUAUGUGAUAUCAUAACUUUUCCAAUAUAUCUAAUAAUUCAAAACUCAUGGAAGGUCCGACAACUUGCGGCGAUGGACAAGGCGGUUCCAAUCGAGCAAAGUCCAGGUUCAGUCACAAUAAAAAGUACAAAAAAGCCGACUCCCCAUCACGUGGAAUUUGUGAGGCAUAAAAUCGACACUAUGGUGAAGCUGUUGGAAUACGCCAGUAACAAACAUGGAGACAAGAAAUGUUUGGGUACUCGGGAAAUUUUAGCAGAAGAAGACGAAGUUCAGCCUGAUGGAAAAGUGUUCAAAAAGUUCAAAAUGGGCGAAUACAAAUGGAAGUCCUACAUCGAGGUAAACACAAUGGCUUUACAUUUCGGCAACGGUCUUCGAGAGCUGGGCAACGAACCCCUCAAGAACAUAGCCAUUCUGGCGGAGACCAGAACUGAAUGGAUGAUUGCAGCCCAUGGCGUCUUCAAGCAGAACAUUCCCCUCGUCACGGUUUACGUUACCCUCGGAGACGAGGCCGUAGCACACGCCCUCAACGAGACCGAAGUCACCACGGUCAUCACAAGUUUUAGUUUGCUUUCUAGGUUCGAAAAUAUUCUGAAAUUGGCGCCGAAAAUCGAUACUGUAAUCUACAUGGAAGACCAGCUGAAGACGCUGACAGGAUCCAGGAUAACCGAUGGUUACAAGGACAGAAUAAGGAUCAAGUCUUUCAGUGAUGUUAUUGAGUUAGGAGAAAAAUCCAAUAUUGUCAGUCAGCCACCUACCCCCAAAGACACUGCCAUUAUAAUGUACACCAGCGGAUCUACAGGCGUUCCAAAAGGGGUUAUCCUUUUGCACAAGAAUAUGACCAACUCUGUCAAAGGUUUUUUGGACUCGACAAAAAUGUACGUCGAUACCGAGGUCGUCCUAGGUUACUUACCGUUGGCUCACGUUUUUGAAUUGCUGGUAGAGAGUGGUGUGAUUUUUUACGGUAUACCUAUCGGAUAUUCUAGCGCUCUGACCAUGCUGGAUUCGUCAAGCAAAAUCAUGAAAGGCUGUGCAGGAGACGUGACAGUAUUGAAACCUACUUUUAUGAACAGUGUACCACUAAUCAUGGAUAGGAUAGCAAAAAGUAUACAGGACAAAGUUAGUAAAAGUAGUGAUAUCAAAAGAGUGUUAUUCAAUUUCGGAUGCGCCUAUAAAAUGAAAUGGACCCAGCUUGGAUAUUCAACUCCUCUAACAGAUAGGAUCAUUUUUGGUGCAGUGAAAAAAAUUAUGGGAGGACGACUAAGACUGAUAGCGGCAGGAGGUGCUCCUUUGACAGCUGGUACCCAACAACUUGUCAAAACUUGCCUGUGUACAGAUAUUAUAACUGGUUAUGGUUUGACGGAAACUUGUUCAUGUGCUUGUAAUACAGAAACUUAUGAUUUGACUUUUGGCCGAGUUGGGGCUCCGAUGACAUUGGCGUACAUCCAGUUGGUAGACUGGGAAGAAGGACAAUAUUUCGUAUCGGAUAAGCCCUACCCCAGAGGAGAAAUAAUAGUGGGCGGUGAGAAUGUCAGCCCAGGAUACUAUCAACGGAAAAGCAAUGACUUUUUUGAGAAAAAUGGGGUCAUGUGGUUCCGGACAGGCGAUAUCGGUGAAAUUCACAAAGACGGCUGUCUCAAAAUCAUUGACCGUAAGAAGGACCUGGUGAAACUUCAAGCUGGCGAAUAUGUUUCGUUAGGAAAAGUUGAAUCCCAGCUCGUGACUUGCUCUCUUAUUGAAAACAUAUGCGCUCUGGGAGAUUCUACGAAAAAUGCCAUUGCCGCUUUAAUUGUGCCCCAUGAAGAACAUUUAUUGGAACUAGGAAAAAAGGUGGGGGUGCAGGGCAAAUCAUUGAGAGAACUGUGUGCAGAUUCUGGUAUCACAAAAGCUGUGCUAGCAGAGAUACAAACACAUGCUAAAAAAGUGAAUCUGGCCAAAUUCGAAGUACCUGCAGUAGUGAAAUUAGUUACAGACCAAUGGGUUCCAGAAUCGGGGUUGGUAACAGCAAGCAUGAAACUCAAGAGAAGAGCCAUAGAAGAAUUUUAUAAAAAAGAAAUUACUACAAUGUUCGCAGCUUUGUGAAUAUAUGAUUAAAACGAA